GGAACAUUGGGAAUUUUGACGUUUAUUGGAGUCUAGUCCCUCCUUUUUUUCCCCUUCUCUCUCUCGCGCUCUCUGCGAAAGCUCCAAACAGUUGAAGGAAACCUAAACCCUAGAUCAAAUCAACAGUUACAGCAAUUCUAAAAGAUGUCAGGAAAGCAUGACAUGUUACGUCAGUUCUUGUUAUUACUACUCAUCCAACCUUGCACAUAGUGAUUUGGACCCAUCUAGGUGAGCCUGCUCUAGAAAUCCGAAAGAACUUCGACAACAAAAGAUGAAGUUCAAGGCGUUUCUCACUGACAGUGGUGUAAGUUUAUUGGAGAAGAGGUUCCUUCCAGCCCUUGACAAAAUGGGAAGAACCUGCCAUCUCUUCCUGACCCGAGAGCAUGCAAUCUUCCUCCACAACCUCCUAAAUGGCGAUGGCAUCCAAUCCAUUGCCCAGUUUCGCAAAGAAGCCCUCUUUGAUGAUUACCGUAUAUCCAGCCAAAAUGAUGACCGCAUUGCCUUUUCUAUUGAUCUCUCUCUCCUCCACCGUGCCCUUCGUAGCGUCAUCACCAUUUAUGCUGAGUUUAGUGGCACUCACACUGGCACUGGUGGUGCCUCCACCGCCAACCGCCUCCAAAUCAAGCUGGUAAAGAAACUCCCCCCUCAUUCACAGCAACCAAUGCCAUUCCUCACAUUCGAAACCAAGGGUUAUAAAUCUGCAGUCAUUCAAGAUGUGCCCAUCUCUAAACCUUUAUCAAGAUCUGAUGUUCUUGAACUUCAAGCAGCUCUUGAUAUGGCUCAAGAUUUGCCUCAGACUCUAGUUCAAGUCCCAGAUAUGAAUCAGUUACAAAACUUUGUUGAUCGGAUGAAGAAUGUUGGGGAUUUGAUUGACGUUUCUAUUACCAAAUAUGGUGACCUGCACUUGCAAAUUUCAACUACUUUGAUCACCCUUGGUGCUGAGUUUCGUAAAUUAACGGUUAUAGGAGAGCAGGCUCAGGUUCCAGUUGGGGAUCGUGAUUUGAGUGCUCAAACUCGAACACAAAGGGCAAUUCAGAAGGGAGAUGCAAUGACAGUGCAAGUGAGUGUGAAGCAUUUUGCCAAAAGUCUUCAAUGUCAUCUGGCAAAGCCUGACUGUGCUUUUUAUGGAAUCGCUCCACAAGGUGCUUGCUUGACUGUAAUAUUCCAGUUCUUUAUACCAGGUACACGUCAAACAGAUAAAUCAAUCAGUCUACAUUGUCGGCUUCCUGUACUUGAUCCCGGCUCUAGUUGAAGGUCAAUUGGUAAUCAGAUAGAGCCUUUUGAGUAAAUUGAUCAGUCUGAUCCUUCAACAAUGUAGUUAACAAUUGCCCUCUAGGCAGUCUUGGCUGUUCUCAAAGUGCAUUUUAGAUUGUCAAGUAAAACAUCAUCCUUGCAUUUUCUUUUCCUUUAGAUUUCUCUGUGUAGCUUGUGUUCAUUAUUUGAUGAUAAAAACGAAAUGGAAAUGUUACCUAGCUUGGUUGGCUAAAGUUUCUCUU